GCCGACUUCUUCGCCUGAAGAUCUCUCCCGGGACGGCAGCCAGAAACAUGUGUGGACCAUGGAUGACAUCAUCCAUCUAGUUCGGUGCAAGCUAGAGUACGAUGAUGACCAGGAGCGAGCGCAAGCGGUGAAGGUGGGGGCGAAAUUCAAACCCGACCCCGUCCAGUGGGAAGAGAUGGCAGCGCGCAUGCAGGAGCGGGGUGUGAACAAGGACGAGGAAGAGUGCAAGGGGAAGUGGGCGCAGGAGAUGUCCCAUUACCGGCGGAUUCACGAUUAUCAGGGGGAGUCUGGGAAGCCCGAUUUCUUCGACAUGAAUUGGGAGGAGAAGCAGCAGUGGAAGAUUGCUUUAUGCAUGCGAAGGGAGGUGUACGAUGUUUUCGAAGAGUGCUACGGCAAAGAUCACAGUAUCAGCCCCCCCAACUUGUCGGAUACGGGAGUGCCGUUCAACUCUUCAUCGCCUGGCUCUAGCGGUGCGGAGUGCGCGACAUGCGAAGGCCAGCGGGAUGCAGGAUGGCGCCGGCGGAAGACAGUCCGCGAGAAGGUCGCCAACGGAGUUGUGGACGCCAUCGGCGGCCACGGCGCCUCGAUGACGUCCGCCAUCGAUCGGGGAACGGAGACACAAGCAAAAUCCGACAAGGAUUUUGUGGCCGUGCUCAUGCUCCUCGUUGAGAAGAUCGGGGUGAACGCGCAUGUGAUGGCGGAAGCCAUGGGCCGGGGUGCGGGGGCCGGGUGCAUUGUGGAACAGGUGUUCUUGUGAUGUGACUGCAUAACGAGUGAAAUAUGUGGUGUACUAGCUCUUUUCCGCUGUCUGCAGCACGCAGCAGUCGAUCCACACGAUGCUCCAGCCCAUUUUUUUGUGACGUCUGUGUCCGUAUACAGGAUGUUGCAGUUCCGUGUACAGGAUACUUCAGUCGCGUUUUCCACUGAAAUGCAAAAAAAAAAAAAAAAAAAAAAAAAAAAAACUCUUUCCUCCGUGCUCGGAUCUGCGCAUGGCUGAUCCGAUCACGAGGUACGUACAUAUCCGAAAGAACACCAGUGUGAUGAGAAGAGGCCGUGACAAGCAAUGUGAGCAGAGAACAAGCAAUGCACCACAGAAAAAGAAACAAAAUAAUCAAAUGCGGCACAGCGG